GCUGCGUUGCUCUCCGUUCCUGGAAUGGGCCAGGAGGGAGGAGGAGCAAGCGGAAGGAAGACGGUGUGAACUUGACUGGCCAGCCCUUCCAGUGGCCAGUUUGGACUCCUCGGGACAGUGGCCGCAGCCGAGCAUGGCUGACCCUGCCCAGGCCCAGAAGUUGGUGUACCUGGUCACAGGUGGCUGUGGCUUCCUGGGGGAGCAUGUGGUGCGAAUGCUGCUGGAGAGAGAGCCCCAGCUGCGGGAGCUGCGGGUCUUUGAUCUGCACCUGAGUCCCUGGCUGCAGGAGCUGAAGACAGGACCUGUGCAGGUGACAGCUAUCCAGGGGGAUGUGACCCAGGCCCAUGAGGUGGCGGCCGCAGUCGCUGGAGCCCACGUGGUCAUCCACACAGCUGGACUGGUGGACGUGUUUGGGAGAGCCAGUGCCCAGACCAUCUACGAGGUCAACGUGCAGGGCACACGGAACGUCAUUGAGGCUUGUGUGCAGACUGGAACUCAGUUCCUGGUCUACACCAGCAGCAUGGAAGUUGUGGGUCCAAACGUCAGAGGCCACCCCUUCUACAGGGGCAAUGAGGACACCCCAUAUGAGGCCAUCCACAAGCACCCCUAUCCGCGUAGCAAGGCUCUUGCGGAAAGACUGGUCCUGGAGGCCAAUGGGCGGAAGGUCCAUGGGGGGCUGCCCCUGGUAACGUGUGCCCUGCGUCCCACGGGCAUCUACGGCGAAGGGCACCAGAUCAUGAGGGACUUCUACCGCCAAGGCAUGCGCCUGGGGGGGCGGCUGUUCCGGGCCGUCCCCUCCACUGUGGAGCACGGCCGGGUCUACGUGGGUAAUGUGGCCUGGAUGCACCUGCUCGUGGCCCGGGAGCUGCGGCAGCAGGCAGCGCUCAUGGGUGGUGAGGUGUAUUUCUGCUACGACAAGUCACCCUACAAGAGCUACGAGGACUUCAACAUGGAGAUCCUGGGCCCCUGCGGACUGCGGCUGGUGGGCUCCCACCCGCUGCUGCCCUACUGGCUGCUUUUGUUCCUGGCUACCCUCAAUGCGCUGCUACAAUGGCUGCUGCGGCCUCUGCUGCUCUAUGCACCCCUGCUAAACCCCUAUACACUGGCUGUGGCCAAUACCACCUUCACCGUCAGCACAGACAAGGCACACCGCCACUUUGGCUACGAGCCGCUGUUCUCCUGGGAGGAGAGUCGGACCCGCACCGUUCUCUGGGUACAGGCCACAGCGGGCUCAGCCCACUGACAGCGAGCCUGGGGCCUAGGGAUGUCCCCAGAGCCCACACCAGCCACAAGUUCCCCACUUACCCCACAUUCUAGAGCAGCGUCUGGGGACAGGCACAUCUUCACUCUCAACCUAAGGAACUGAGUACCCAUGUUCACACUGCCCCUCCCGCUCCUGCCUUCUCUGCCUGUGCUGACUGUGGGAGACCCGGCACUGGCCGAGACCUUCGGGCCCAGGGGCAGAGUGGAGAUGCCUCCUUCUCUGGUUCCUCUUGCCAUCUGUCCCUGCUUGGGGUGGGGGCAGGGGAUUGCAGUACCCUGAUUUUAAACCAUGUAUCACCUUUAAACAUUGCUCAUUUAAUCCCUCCUUGGUGACAGCAGUGCAUUUUCACUUCUCAUCUCUCCACCCAAACUCAGUUCCUGCUCUGUGGUCGUCAGCUCAGCCUGGGGCUGCCCCAGGAAUGCUGUAUACCUGGCCGAGCCCUGAUUAAAAUCUGCGUUCCAA